AUGGGAAAGUGUUCUGCUAGACACUUUGUUUUGACAAUAUGCACUUUGCAACUUCUUGUGGUUGUAGAAUGUCAAGUAUUUGAUUUUAUGGGUUUUAUGUAUGGGCCAAUCUUAGCCAAUUUUUUUCACAUAAUUUUUAUAAUUCAUGGAUUUUUUGGAGCAUUGCAAUAUAGUACCAAAUACAUACUUUCUUAUUCUUUAUGGAAUAUUUUUUGGAUAGGUUGGACGGUUUUUAUUAUUUGUUUUUAUUUAGAUACUGGAGUUUUAGACAAGAAUAGUGAUAUUUUAAAUUUAGGAACUGGAAGUAGAAGUUGGUGGGAAAUACACGGAUAUGGUUGCAUAGCCGAUUUCACAUCAGUCAAUAACGGUUCUAGUCUAGAACAAGAUCCUGAUCCAUCCAGACCUCCUAGACCGACUAAAGUUGAAGGUUGUCUCAUUGAAUAUCAAUUUAUCGAAGUGAUUCAGGCAUCAAUGCAAUGUUUACUCAGUAUUUUAGCAGUUAUUAGUGGAAUGUACAUGAGCAAGUUGUAUAUUGACGAAGAUGAUAGUUCUUGCUUGCACUUACAUAUGUAA